AUGGCUUUGCGCAAUUCAUAUGCCGACUUCGACAAUGUUUCGAAUAUCUCAUCUGUCACAAGUUUACAUGAAAGUUCUACAGCGUCCAGUGUAAUUGUAACGUCAAGUACGCCGAUCGAUGCUAAUACAACAGAAAAAAUUUGUGAAUUUUUGGAAUUAGAAUUUACUGAUGAGAAAGAUGAGAUCAUUUCGAAUGUUUUAAACAAUGGACGUCAAGCAUUAGUCAAAUAUGAAGGCAUUCUCGUUCCUGAAGUUUAUUCUGCUGAAAUAAUCAUCGAUACUGUUGAUAAUUCAGCUAUUGCAUCUGAAUCACCUAAAGAAACUGCUUUGUUGGAAUUUCUCAAGCAGCAUAUUUUUCAACGAUGGAAGGCAGCUUGUAUAAAUCAGCCGCAAAUCUGGGAAUUUAUUACCAAGACAAAAGAUGAAAAUAAUGAUCAUUUUGAAGCUGUCCUACGACAUACAGCUGAAUAUGGUAGAAAAUAUACGAAAUCAUCUUCAAUUCUAUCCGUCGUCCUACAACUGUUGUUUUCAAGUAUUGAUGAUGAAUGUUUGAAAAAUGAAAAUGUUUUCAGUGAUUUAUUGACUGCUGUUACAAACGAAGGAUUGCAAGGUUGUAAAAAAUUUGAUCAAUACAUUUGUCAAGACGAUUUAAAUGAACAACUGGAUAAUUCUAAUUCACCUUUAUAUUUGGCUUUACGUAUAUAUUAUUAUGAAAAAGUACCAGAAUUAUUGAAACAACAUAAAAUUCCUGACGCAAAAAAUCUAUUAUAUAGUCUAGUAGCAGAUAGUGUUACUAAAAUGGGUUGGUUAGAUGGUAUUGUGAGUGUAAAAAGCAAGAUACCACCAGUGAAAUACGAACCAUUUCAGAAAACAAUUAAAAAUAUGAUAAGUUCUUCGGUAACAUCUUCAAAACUGCCUGAACCGUCACUUUCGAUACCAGUAACGGCAACUAUCGAGAAAAAACCACCAGCGGACACAAAAUAUACAGAACCAUCAACUCUAAAAAAUCAGUCUGAUGCAAAUUCACCCAAUACAACUGUUCCAUCGCAAAAUCAAGGGAUUGCUACAAAUACUUCAUCUGUGCCAGAAACAUCUAAGGCAUCAAAUUCAACAAUAUUGUCUAUGACAACAGAUGCAGAUAUUGAAGUUACACUCGCUAAGAAAUGUAUCAACACAGAACUUUUACAAUUGCAGCAUCUAAUGCAAGCCGGUGAGUUGCAAUAUAUUAAUAAAACUAUAAGAAACAUUUGCGAAGGGAUGGUCGAUCGCUUUUACAAUGAACAUAUCACAUUUUCUCAAUUUAUUGGUGAAUCUCUAUAUCCAACAAUGUUUCUAUUAAAACGUCAACAAAAUCUCGAUGAUUUUAUGAAAACAUUAACAUUUGUUUAUCAAAAGAGAAAACGUGAACAAUCAAAAUCAACAUUAACCUCGAAAGAAAACGCAAUGAAUUUAAAUUUACGUGCAUUUCUACAUAUUUUACUUUUAAAUAGCGAUAUUUUCUUACGUCGUACACUUAUGUCAUUAAUUAGUAAACGUAAUCCAGUUCCACUUAUUGAACCAAAUAUCGAUAAUUUUAGCGGUGAAAAUACCAAGUAUGAAGUUGUGUCAUCAAUUAUUCAUGUCUGGAAUACGACACGACCCACAUUGUUAUCAUUUGGUGUUGGUCCAUGUCGUGGAAAAUCUUCGUUGAUAAAUAUCUUAUUUCAAUCAACAUUUGAACGACAUAUUGAUAGUGUUUAUUUUCAAUAUGGAAUUGAUAUUGAUUUUGGAUAUGCAUUUAUACCUGAACGAUCCUUUAAUCUGGCCGAUAGUCAUGGACAAAUACCACAACAAAUAUUAACACAAAUCUGUUCGUUGUUUGAAGGAUUUUUGAUUCAUGUUAGUCAAAGUUUUUUGGAGCAAAACAUGAAAUUUGUCUCUGAUGUUCUACGAGCAUUGCCACGGGACAAGUGUCAAGUAUUACUCGUACGUGAUAUUGAAUCCGGUUUUGAUAAACAGCAAUGUCAACUGUCAUUAACAAAACAAUUAGCUGAAGAUUCGUUGUCACCAAACAUUCCACGAAUGUUUUCAUUGUCUAACAUGACUGAUACAAAUAACGAUGAUAUACAAUACACUUUACAAGAUCUACGUGAACAAUUAUUGGUAAUAAUCAAACUGGAUGUUCCAAUGAAAAUUAAUAAAGACCAACUUUUUAAGAAUUUAUACGAAAUACUUACGCCUAAUUAUGUUAAAUAUUUGCAGAAAACAAAUGAAAUAAUCCAGCCAUUGAAAAAAUGUUUGUUGUCAAAUACGAACGACAAAAACAAUGAUAAUUUUCCGUUGUAUUUGAAAUUUUCCGUUUUAUGUGCACUACGUCAAGAACUUAAAAAGAUUGAUUUUUAUGGUUCCGAUAAUGAUCGUUCAUUUAACAUUAAUACCGACAUAUUCCAAAUAGAAAGUGAAUUAAAUCCACAUAACCCAAAUGCGAUUGAGUGUGGUUCGGUAUAUAGUUAUUUUAUUGAACUAUUGAAUACAGAAAAUCGAAUGAUGACAUUAAAUAUGCUAGCAAGUGAAUUAAAACAAGAAUUAUUGAAUCAAGGUGCAGAUAAACUGGCUGGAAAUUUAUCGGUCGCUAAUUCAUUUCUUUCUUUGGAAGUACUCUGGAGAAACUGUAUUCUUUGCUAUGAUCAUACGUCGCCUAAAAAUCAACGUUUAAUUAUGGAUAGUUAUAUUGAGUUUAUGCAAAAUGGUUUUCCAUUUGAAAUUAUCGAUGGUGAUAACUUUCACUGUCAACAUUCAUUUUUAACUGAAAUUAUGGAACAUUUUCAAAAACAACGUAUAUUGGUUAUAAGUGUUAUUGGUCCACAGAAUAGUGGGAAAAGUACAUUAUUAAAUUAUAUGUUUGGAACAUUGUUUGAUGUACGUGAUGGACGAUGUACCCGAGGAAUCUAUGGGUCACUUGUUAAAUCUAAUAUUGAAGGAAUUGAUUAUUUACUUCUUAUUGAUACUGAAGGUUUAUUAUCAGUUGAAAAAUCUGACAAAGAAUAUGAUCGUCGACUAGUCUUAUUUUGUUUGGGUGUUUCACAUUUAGUCAUUGUUAAUAUGUUAGGUGAUAUUAAUGAAGUUCUUAAAGAUAUGUUAACAUUAUGUGCUGAUUCAUUGAAACAAUUGCGUGUUAAUACAAUUCAACAACCAGUUGUUCAUUUUAUUUUAAAUCAAAAAGCUGAUCCAAAUAUCAAAAAUCAUAUUGAGGCGAUUAAUAGAAUUAUUUCUGAUUUGAAAGAUAAAGAAUUAGGUGAAGUAAUUAAUAUUAGUGCUGAAACAUUUCAUACAUUACCUUCGGCAUUCAAAAAAGAACGAAUAGCAAAUGAUACAAGUGGACCUUGUUUAGUUCGUACUGAACCAGAUUUUAUAGAACAAACACAAAAAUUAGUUUCUCGAAUUAUAACAUCAGCCAAAUCUUGUUAUGAUAAUGCCGGAGAUAUGAAUUUCAAUUUAGUAAAAUGGCUUUCUACAUCGAUUACAAUAUUUGAUACAUUACAAAAGUUUCCUGAUUUAACUUAUUUUAAAGAUAUUAAUGAGAGACGUCAAGAUGAUAAAAUACGUUUACGAAUUGGUGAAAUGAUCCCUGAAACAUUAUCAGCGGGCCAACGAAUGAAAAUGAUCGAUGAGAAUUGUGAUAAAAAGGAACAAGAUAUACGCGAUACGUUUCAAGUACAAUUUCAAGUCUAUCAAGAUGACUUAACUGAAAAAUUGGAAAAUAUAUUUAAAUUAGAAAAUGCAUCAGAACGUAUUCGUAAUCGUAGUCAACAAUUUCUUCUACGACAAGUAACUGAAAUUCGAAAUGCAUGGUGUACAUCAACAAUUGAAGUAAAUGAUCGAAAACAAAUGGAAGCACUUGUUCGCCAUGGAAAAGCUGAUUUAAAUGUUUUAAUUGAUAAUAUUAUUAAAAGUGGACGUAUGAUGACAAAAACUGAUGCCAUAGCUGAAUUUAAUACAAUGUGGGAGAACAAAUUGAAGCAUAUUAAAAAUAAUUUUAAUUCGACUGAACGAUUAAAACAAGCAAUCAAAUUUGUCUACGGCAAUUAUAAUAUAUUUGAAAAGAAAAUGUUACCGGCACAUGAUAAUAUAGUAAGCUCAAUACAACUAAUCGAUGAUCUUACCGCUUUCCCUAAAGUAGAGGCAAUAUCAUGUCAACUAGAAACUAAUUUUCUUGACAGAAUAAACUCCGAACAACAGAAUCUAUUGCAAAAAUUACCACAGAAACAAUCUACUGUUACGAAACUGGCUAUUGAAAACUUCGCAUAUAUCAACAAACAGAUAUUACUCAACUUAAUUGAUUCUAUUCAAAUUUCUCAUGAAGAUCGAAGUCCAUCACAGAACGAGCCUAAUACGUCCACCAUUGCUAAUGAAAAAAGUGGUUUUUUUCAUCGAGCAGGACGGAUAAUUCCUAGUGGUGUUAAAAAUAUGUUCGCAAGUUCAAAUGAGAAAGCAGUGGUUUCAUUACGACUACAACUUACACCACCUCCUUCACCUUUAGAAAAUGAUCUCAAAUUCCAAGUACAAAAAGCAAUGAUCGCUGAAAUGAAAACACCGGCAAAUAAAUCAAAUAUGUUAUAUUUACCCAGCAUUUUUGGAAAUAUUCUUAACAGAAUUCGAGAUACUGUCAUUGGAGAUGAAGGUAAACAUCGACAAGAACAUGAUGGAAAUGCUUGCCAUCCAAUUGAAAUUGAUAUUAUUCAAACGAUUGUAGGUCUCAUUAAUGCUGCUAUUGAUGAAAUUAAUCGUGAACUACUUGCUUUUGAUUUAUCAUUAUCAAGAACUUUGAUUAUGAUUAUACAUACUCUGGUGUUAUUCUAUUUAACAACGUUAUAUUACAAUGAACAGAAGCAGCAUUUUCAACAACAGCUCGCCACAUUAGAUAAAGCAUGGCCAUCAUUAUUGAAUUACUUUAUUAGUAUGGUCGUAUCUGAUGUUUCAUGUGAUAAAGAUGCUGGAGAAAUCUUUGCUAAUCAAGUUCUUGAUGCUGUACAACGUAUGUUGACAACAAAAAUACAAGAAAUCAUUACAACAAAAAUACAAACACAAAAGGAUCUAAGUCGAAAAGAAUUACAAUUAAUUUGUGACGGGAAAUUAAGCACAGCCAAUGACGAAUGGAUGUUGAAAUAUAUUGAGCAGCCUACUGACAUUAUUUUUGAAGAAUUUCAAUUAAGAUGGGAUAAUGUUCAAAAUGAUAUUGAGGCACAAAUAGGAAUGGAGAAGAAUAAGUUUAAAUCUCAUAUGAUUAAAUACUUUUCCAUCAUUCAGUCAAUGGAAACGGCUUUGACGGGCGAAGGAAGUGCUGCGAAAUUUGUUGAUGAUCUAUUUCAAGCAACAAGUGGAAGUGCAGAUCAAAACUUAAAAAAUAAAGGACAAUGUAUGGUGUUAGUAUUAUAUUCUUAUUUAAAAAAUGUAUUAAUACAAUCGACUACAUCGUUUACAGUAUAUGAUCAGACAUAUGAAUUAACUGACAAAGGUGUUCGUUAUUUCCAGAAACUAUCAAAACCUGAUAAAGAACUUAUCAAUUUAUUUGAUUUGAUGAGUAAAUCCGAUGAUGCAACCAAAACACCAUCGAGUGAUACUUCUUCCAUUCGAUUAACAUCAAUUAAAAACUUUCAAAAUUUUCUGAAAAGUAUAUUGGAUAUUAAAACGAAAAUUGAUCAGAAAUACGAGGAUAUUUCAACGGCCUUUGGUUUAUAUGAUAAAGAUCAAACUUAUAUAAGACUUCAGGGUAAAGCAAGAGGCUGUACUGUCAAAUGUCCAUGUUGUCAACGUCCUUGCGAUGCUGAUCAUAGUUUAGUCAAAUCAAAUCCUGGUGAUGAGGAUAAUAAACACAGCUGCACGACAGGUCAUCAACUUCGAGCAUUUGCUGGUAUUAAAUUUGAAGUUACCAAUGAAGCGAGUCUAUACCAAUGUAAUGAAAUUAAUAACAAUGAUUUUAUUGUUGUCAAAGGUGAUCGAAAAAAAUGGGCUGAAAUGAAACUAGAUUAUCAAACAUGGGAUUUUGACGUGACAAAUUCAACGGAAGAGUUAGGUAAACUUAAAUCAAAAUUUUUAUAUGUUUGGGGAAAAACUGGUCAAACAUUUUGUGACAAGUAUAACAUGACCUAUGUUACAAACAAUACACCAGGACCUGCACCGGAAGAUAUGCAUUAUAUUUUAUUAUUAGAUAAUUCUGGUUCUAUGAAGGGUACUCCAUGGGAUAAUUUGUUGGCUGCUUGUCAAGUUUUAAUAAAAGCUCGUGUCGAUGGUGGGACAAUUGAUCAUCUUACUGUUAUAACAUUCAACGAAAAAGCAGACUUGUUUUGUAGUGAUCAACCAAUGAAAAGUGUAAAUAUUUCGAAAGUUGCCUGUACAAAAAAAGGGACAGAUUUUGAACCGGCAUUUAAACUAGUUUAUAAUGUUCUAGAAAGUUCGAAAGAAAAAAAUUCAAGUUUAAAACAUGUUAUCGUGUUUAUGAGCGAUGGUGAAGCAGAGUAUCCGCAAGCACAAUUAAAUCUGUUAAAACCAAUGCUAGAUGAUCAAAUAAAAGAAUUUUGGACUGUCGCUCUUGGUACAAGUCGUAUGGAAAUAUUAGAACAAAUCAACUCGAAGAUGAAAGGAACAUUUAAACAAUUAAAAGACUCAAGUGAAUUAUCAAGCGCAUUUGCCGAAAUUGCAAUUGGAUAA